CCACUCAUUUUAAGGGUACGUUUUUUUCAGACCCUUUAGGGGUACGUAUUUUCAGACUAUAUAACGAUGGUCGAAUAUAUAGGAACCUAUCAAAGGUAUUUACAUAUAAGCCUCAAAUUUUCAUACAAGACCCUCCUUACUUCAAAUUGUGUAUCUUCAUUUAUAUCUUCAUGUACCUUCACUUUACUCUCACUUUCAAACGCACUCUUAAAAUUUUUCAAUAAUUUUUUUAAACUUUAAAGACUCGUCUCUCUAUAAUUAUUAAAUUUUAAAAAAUUAAUUACACGCUUCUUCCGCUUCUUAACUAAAAAUUUUCAUAAAAGUGAGAUGGCACAAAUAAUAUUUAAUACAAUUAUUGCAACACUAAUUUUUAGUGCUUUUUUUAUCAGUCGUUUUUCAAACGGACAACUUACUAAUGAUUUUGGUUCACAAUUAAUGUCCCUUCAAGAUUUUGGUGAUGAUUACAAUAAUGCAAUAUUCGCAGACAUUGAUGGAGAUAACGAAAAUAGCUAUGAGAGUAUGGCUAAACGAGCACCAUUAGACCGAUCAGCGUUAGUCAGAUUCGGAAAGAGAGCUCCACUUGAUCGGUCAGCAUUAGUCAGAUUUGGUAAAAGAGCUCCACUGGAUCGAGCGGCUAUGGUUAGAUUUGGAAAGCGUGCCCCACUCGAUCGAGCAGCAAUGGUCAGAUUUGGAAAAAGAGCACCUUUUGAUCGUUCUUCGAUGGUUAGAUUUGGAAAGAGGAAAUAG